AGUGUUUCCUGUUAAAAUGUCAGUUCAGAGGCUGAAGAUAUGGCAGGAUCUGCUUCUUCUGUAUUUCGCUACAAUUCUACUAAACGAAGAACUUGCCUCAGAGGCAAUGAUGUCAUCUUCUUGCCCGCCAUCAUGUAAAUGUGAUGUUUCACGAAAGUAUGUCACAUGUUUUGAAGAUAGGCUUAAUAUUACGUCAUUGCCAUUUUUAUUUCCAAAUGAUACGAGACAACUUGAAAUACGAAAGCAGUCUCUACCAGUUCUUAACGCCUCAAUGUUUGCUAACCUCGCACAUCUUCGGAAGUUGCUUCUUUCUGCAAGUUGCAUACAAGAAAUCGAGAAUGAUUUUACAAAGCUGCAGAAAUUGAAACGAUUAGAUCUUAGUGAAAACAAGCUUGGCGAUUUAGUAUUUAACACUAUUGGGCAGAUGAAGCAGUUGAAGGAGUUAAUUCUAGAUGACAAUUUACUCACACUUGCUGGAAACAACGUGUUUAUUAGCUUAGAGAACAUUGAGCUUUUGAGUUUAUCUGGAAAUCAAAUUGAAGAUGUGCCACCUCUACGUGGUCUGGAGGAGUUACAGAAGUUGUACUUGUCAAACAACUUCAUUCAAACAAUAAACGGAAGCACAUUUAAUAAUCUUUACAAAUUAGAAGAACUUUAUCUGCAAGGUAACCUCAUAACUCAACUAGAACCUGGAUGGGCGAACAAUCUUCAUGUUCUUCGUCAUUUAGAUUUAUCAGAAAACAUACUUGGCGUGCAACCGUCACGCAACGUGAUCGGACUUCAGAAGAACUGUCUAUUGGAGACGUUGUCUCUUUCAGAUAAUUCUUUACUACAAAUACCUUGUCAUGACAUUUCCAGAACAAAGUAUUUAAUCAAACUUAAUUUAUCUUACAAUAACAUAAGCAAUCUUGAAAAUGGGUGUUUAAACAAACUUACAAACCUGGAGAUAAUAGACUUGAAACAUAACAAAAUAGAAAAUAUUGAAAAUAAAGCACUGCAGUCAAUGCCAACUUUGAG